AUGCAGGAAGUGGUGCUGGUUGUUCAACCAAUGACCUCCGACCUUGCCACCAGAGAGCCAAUGGGAGCGGAGCAGGGGUAGAGCCCAAACCCUCUGAUGGGAUGGCUCCAGGCACUGAGCGUUUGUGAACCCCAUCCCCCAUGGCACCCCUCUCGCCACCACCACUACCCAAAUACAUUAUUCAUGGAGCGAUAAAAAAUAGAAAAAGAAUGAGAGAAAAGGAGGGAGAGAAACAGAAUAUGGAGGAGGGAAGCCACAAGGUUCAAGACAUUCUCAGAUCACAACUCGUGCAUAACCUCCCUUGUAGUGGCGAGCACGGGAUAGGGUUGGGGAUGUGAGAGCAGCCGAGGGGGAUCAAUAGGGGAUUCCCUGGUGUCUUCUGGGGCAACGCGGUGCUGCAAGCCGAUUGGUGGAUCAAUGUGGUUCCCAGGGUUCAACUCCAACGCCACGGCCAGCCAGUAGUCUCCUUCGCCGCGAUACAGUGAUACAUACAUGUGGUUGGCUGGUUGCAUCGCUCUGCCCUUGGUGAAUCUGCCUCAACCGUAGCCAGCCUACACAUUGUAGCCUAAAUCUAUUAGGGCCAAGAUGCACAUACUGUAUAUAAUGUAUGUGUCUAUUGAAUGGCAUUAUGAUAAAGCCUAGAAAGAAUGAUAACACCCAUUAUGACAUCUUUAGGUCUAUCCGGGUCACAGAUCCCCUAUUCCACACACCCAGAACACGACUGUCGACUGUACAGCUAACAGCCCAUAGGAUAUUAAUGGUUGAUAUUAGCCUUGUUUGCUUUGCGUGAGGAGGGCGGGAUCUCUCUCGGUUCUCUGCCAAAUAGACUGGGUCAUUGUAUAUGAUAGGUGAUGAUUAGUGAAAAGUAUGUGUAUGUUCUUCCCUCCUAGUCCUCUAUGCAAAUCCUCCCAGCCUCUCCCUUUCUCUCUCUCUAGCUCUCUCUUUCUCUCUCAGCGCGGGCUGUUAAUACUAGCGCUGCAGCUAAUUGUAUAAUUGCCUGUUUUGUUUUAAUCUGACAGCGUUGCCCCGGCCCCAUAACAAUGCCAUAAUUUGUUCAUCUCUCCUGUCAGCCAUAAUUUAACCAGGCGGGUUGCCGGGCCAGGCGCCCCCGACAACCCCCGCCACCUCCGCUACUAGCAAACAUUACCGGGGAACGCCGCUAGCAAGCGAACCGUUUGCAAGAUAAAUAAACACAGCCGUCGUCGGGCGGAUUAAUUCCGAGUGACACGGACACAGUGGAUAAACUAAUAACGUAGAGGGGGUAGAGGGGCCGUCCACUAGAUUAAGUGUGUAUCCUACCUGCCUACCGCUGCUGCUCUGCUGUAAUUAUUGUUUCAUUGUCAUUAACCUUACAAACGGAGGUUUAGCCGCAUUGUUUAAAGGACUCUGGGAUGUGUAGUGACAGGGUGAUCUGUCAUACCCCUGGAGGGAGGUGGAAAGGGGCGAGGGGGAGGGGAAGGGAUUAAUGAGGUAUUACGGGGGGACGGAUGGAGGGGUGGAGGGGGCAGGGCUGGAAAAUACAUGGGAACGAGAGGGCCAACAUUAGGCUAAUUGGGAGAUGAGUGCCUCCUUGUAAAAAGUGCUUCUAAUGGCACAUUUGUUACUCAUGCUGCGGUGGCGUCACUAGGCUAAUGCGCUAAUGCAGAGUGGGCUGCAAGAGGUGGUUAACACUACAGGGACUUUGUGUUUGUGUGCAAAUAUGUACAUGAGCUGUCUCGGAAUUUCUAUCACCCAGGCUCUGAGAUAUGAUAUGUACACAGUGUAUAUAUACACACACACACUAGCUAUUGUGGUGUUAGAUGUUUUUUUCUCAUCAAGCCAGGACGUUAGCAUUCAAUUAACAAGCGCCGUUUGAUUCACAAGUGGGGUUAUCAUUGCAUAUCUUUGUGUUUGAACGUGGAUCGAGACUCGUAGUUUAAGUCUAUUUACAUAAAAGUGCUAAAGAGUUGUUUUUGUAUAUAAAAGAAAUGUAGCCCAGUCAUGAUACCAUCAAAUAGCAUUGCUUUGACUUUUCUGCUAAACUGAAAUAUGCAAUGAAACGUGUUCUUGUUCAUUGUCAAAUAUGUUAUGUUUUAUUAUCUGUUACUAUUUAUUUAGUCUUUUUUGUUGCCCAGAUCUUGUGGUCUGUACUUUGAUAGUGUUCCCAUAAAACACGUUAUUGCAAAAUAUACUAUUACACAGCAUACACAGAGAGGGGUUAUAAAAUGGCCGAAUAAUAAUGAGAAGUUCCUGAACUGAAAUAAAGAGCACAUGAGGUUUCCCCCUGGACCAGGAACUAUAGUCAAGCUUGUCCCCUCAUAUUGUUCACUCAGUCCGGUUGGUGUGGGGUUCAGUAAAUGCAAGCUUUAGUUUCUCCCUCACUCUCUCUCUCCAUCUCUCUCUCUCCCUGUCUGUGUUUCCAUCCCCUCGCGCUCUCUCUCUCUCUCUCUCUCUCUCUCCCCCUCCCCCUCCCCCUCCGUGGCCUAAGCCCCUGUUGACUGUACUCCAGGAGUAUCUGGAGCGGAGCAGAACAGUGGACGGAGGCUGGGCCGUGUGUUUUCCUAGCCCCCACUGCAGUACGGGCCCUCUCUCUCCCCAUAGCCGUAGCACUGACCUGUAUCGUGACAGCUGGCUGCCCCUGUGCUCUCUCCCUCUCUCUCUGACCGCUACUUCCAUUACGGCCCUCGUCAUUGUGUUCAAGGUUUUGUUUAAUUUAACAACAAGCAGGGAUGAAAGGAUGGAAGGGUAGAAUAUGAUAAGAACAUAAGCCGUACUUGGCUGGGUCCGGACAGUGUUCUGAAAAGCAGAAGGAUCAAUUGCAUGUGGUGGGUUUUAAGGGGACUAGGACCGCCAAGUGGUGGCGUGACCUUUGAACCGUUGAAACAGCGAUGGCUGACUCUCUCCUCAGGGGUGGUAGUCUAUUUUAUUGAGUGAGGAAAAUGUAUUUUUGAUUAAUCUGCGCAGUGUAGGCCCUUUUAUUGGGCAUUUUCUAAUCAAUAACCUACCUCUGACAUAAUUUGCUGUAUUGUAUUUCAUUAGUGUCACGUUGUACCAAAAUACUACUACGUACAUUGGAAUGUGUCAAAGCUAUUCCAUUCUGCACCAAUCAUUUGGCGAGUUUGUGUUCUAUGUCCCUUGUGCGUACGUGCCUGCGUGUGUAUUUGUUAGUAUAUUAACGUAUGUAACCAUUAUUCUACGACUCCCGUUGGACAUUUCAGAGUGACUAUUUCUGAGCAAUUUCUACCUAAUUAUUCACUUUCAAAUUUUACUUUUUUAAAUGAAAUCCGAUGGAAAUCCAAAUACCCCAACGGCCGUGCAGCUAUGAAAUAAUAGUGCACAGGCUAGAAUUUAAAGUCAUACCUCCAGGCGAAAAACUCACACACACUGAAUGAAAGUGUCAAAUGUUUUUUUUUAUGUAUAUUUAACAACAAAUACCCCCAGUUACUAUUGAUGUUCCAUCUCCCAAGGAUUCAUUUGGCUUGUAUUUCUAAGGGCAUGAUGUGCAACCACUCUCUAUCUACCCUAUCUUGUUAAACAUUUAUCUUGUGUUUUUCCCUUUAAGGCUCUUUGUGCUUUGUGAUGUUAUUUUUUACACCCUUUUAGACUGCAGUGUUGUAUCUUUUAUAGAUUCUGCAAGGCAGGAGAGUAAAGGAGCGGGGAACAGUACCCUAGCGUUGCCUCUAAUUGUUGUAGUUGCUCUACGUCACUCCCUUGAUGUCACACUUGUCUGGGCCACAGAGGUCCCACAGGACCAUGCAGAGUAAACUGUAGUGUUCAUCCCUGUCACUCAUAUAAUAUACACACACACACACACUAAUGUAUACAUAUAUGCACACACACACACACACACCAUUCACAAAGUAGCACCUCUGUAGUGUACAGCCCUGCUUUUUUCCCGUGUGAACAAGCAAUGUUGGACUUAAGUUUGAAUAAAAUGUCUAGAUAAUUUAUUAGCACUAAUGUUGAACCUCAUACUAACACCUGUUAAAGUCUGUCAAUCGAAUAAGUUGUUUAGUUGAUAGGAUGUGUCAAUCUCUGUUAGUGAUUUGCUGGCUUCCACAGUCAGAGCACCAGUGGGUUCAGAGUGGGAGACAACAGAACUGGGUCAGUAUUCUGUGUAUCAAAGCUCUGAGCCCGACCGCAAACCCCUUCAGUUCAGGUUCAGGUCUUGCCAAGAUUCUUUUCCCAGAAUCCCUUGCCAUGUCUCGACGUUUGGCAAUUGAAGCGCAUGUUUGUUCAAAACUCGAGGCGUUUUAUUUUUCAGUGGUUAAUAGCACCAUCUCCAAAGGAAAGUGCUCCUCUUGGAAUAAUGCUUAGAGCUCUCCCAUCGGAGCCAUUCUGUUCUCCCAGGAUGGAAACUUUGUUUCCCACGCUUCCACCGGGCUCCACAAGCACAGGGUUGGGAAACACCAAGGCCGAUGUAAAAUAUGGACUGUCAACAUUUACUUCCUUACAUUUCCCCCUCCCUCCACUCUCUGUCUCACUCACCUCUCUCUAUCUCUCUCUCUCUCUCUCUCUCUCUCUCUCUCUCUCUCCUCUCACCCUCUCUCACCUCCCUCUCCCCUCUCUCUCUCUCUCUCUCUCUCUCUCUCUCUCUCUCUCUCUCCUCUCUCUCUCCCUCUCACCUCUCUCUCCCUCUUCCUCCCUUCAUCCUUCCCGCCUUCUCUCCAUAGACAGUGUAAAUGCAAGCACAUGCGUUUUCCACUUGACACCGUCGCAAUAAUAAAGUAUGCCUGCUUCAUUAGUAUUGAAUCUGAUGGAAGAUAUGCAUCCCGUAAACCUCAUUAACAUAAACCACAGUAAAGACUGACCCCAGGUCUGUUCUUAAUGAACUUGAUGCCAGAUCGGUGUCACCUCCAAGCCGGCCUUCAAAGACACAGUUAAAUAAACAUGGGUGUUCUUAUUUUAAUGUCCAAGAUGACUUAACCCCCCCCCCAUAGACUGAUAUUCCUAACCCCGUUCUUCUUUGUGCAUUAGAUUCCCUUAGAGAUGACAGAGUAAACUAAGAAAAAUGGCUGCCAAGUAGCAAGGUGCGAUUAGUGGCGCUCGCUAAUUAAUCCAUUCUUUCUUUUAGCAGCCUUUUCUCUCCCCGGCUGUCACCACGGCAGCAAACAUAGCGGAGCUGCAUGUCGUGCGCUGUUCUGAGGGACUCUCAGCGAGAGUUCACAUCAUUCACUGGCUGUUUUUGUUAAACAGUCUCACAGCGAAUAGAUCAAUGUCCCCAGAAAUUGUUAGAAUUCACAGGUACCCGCUAAUAACCCACCAGCCCCACCAGCCCCAGCGGCUCCAUUUGUUUGCUUUUAGACUUUAUUAAACUCUGCCUGUUCCUCUCGAUGUGUGCCUAAUGACUGUGUUUGCAUAGCUGAUGAAAGGUAAAGAAGGAAGGAGAGAAAGGAGGAAGGGAAAGAGGGACAGGGUAGAGGAGGAGUGUUAUUAUCAGAGCUCUAUUAUCAAUCUUUACUUGUCGCUUCAGGGGCCUCUGAAUUUCAUGAGCCGAUAACAAAACCCCUUCCUCCCCGCUCCCUCUCGACCUCAGACCGACCACAGUGAUUAUGCACAAUCAAUAACUUUUGUGUAUUUUUUGUCUAUUCUCUCUCGUCUUUCCAUCUGGCCUCUAGGAUGCUGCGGGCAAGGUGCUGGACCGCUGGUCCAUUAUGUCUCGGGAAGAGGAGAUCAUCACCCUGCAGCAGUUCCUUCGUUUCGGAGAGACCAAGUCCAUCGUGGAGCUGAUGGCCAUCCAGGAGAAGGAGGGUCAGGCGGUCACCGUGCCCUCCUCCAAGACCGACUCGGGCAUCCGGACGUUCAUCGAGAGCAACAGCGUGGGACGUGGCCGAAGCCCAGGCCUCCUCAACCACAUGGAGACCAGCAGCCCGUCCAGCAUCCACCACUUUGAGAACAUCCCCAACAGCCUGGCCUUCCUGCUGCCGUUCCAGUACAUCAACCCUGUGUCGGCCCCCAUGCUGGGCCUGCCCCCCAACGGCCUGGCGCUGGAGCAAUCGGGCCUCCGUGGCCUCCGCGACCUGGACCGUGAGGGCAGCCUGCCCAACCAUACUGAGCCAGUGGAGACCAGCGAGUCCGAGGUAUCACUCAGCCCUUUCCGCAGCAGCGGUCAGAGCCCCAGCCGCGUCGGAGCCCUGGGGGUCAUGAACAACGCCAUCGAGCCCAAACAGGAGCCCAACAACCGGGCAUCACCCAUCUCACCCACUCCUUCCAGCCAGCUGUCCCAGCAGCAGACGGAGCAACAACAGCAAGGCCAGCAGCAGCAAGGCCAGGGGCAACCCGGGACCCCACGCCCUAGGUCCAACUCCCUCAACGACCACCAGGCCCACCACCACUUUGUGAAGAGCGAGCAGUCCAAGAGCAUCACCCACUCUUCCUUCUCCUCCAAGAUGCACCGCAUGCGCCGCAUGGGUGCCACCUCGCGCAAGGGCCGCGUGUGCUGCAACUCGUGCGGCAAGACCUUCUACGACAAAGGUACGCUGAAGAUCCACUACAACGCCGUGCACCUCAAGAUCAAGCACCGAUGCACCAUCGAGGGCUGCAACAUGGUGUUCAGUUCGCUGCGCAGCCGCAACCGCCACAGUGCCAACCCCAACCCACGCCUGCACAUGCCCAUGCUGAGGAACAACCGCGACAAGGACCUCAUCCGUGGGUCGGGCCCCGGCACGCCCGUCAUCUCCAGCACCAAGAGCGGCUUCACCCUCACCAGCCCCGGACGGCCGUCUCUGGGCUUCGCCACCCCACCCCUGGACCCCAUGCUCCAGUCGCCCCUGCAGAGCCCGCUGGUCUUCCCCUCCCUGAAGUCGGUGCAGCCCGUCCAGCCGGUGCCCCCUUUCUACCGCACGCUGCUGUCCCCACAGCACCUGGUCAGUUCUCCAGUGUCGCUGCCCACCAGCCCCAUCCUGCCCUCCACCACCAACAGCACCUCUCUGAUGGACCAGCAGCAUCAGCUCCUGGCUGCGGCCGCAGCCUCCCACAAUGCCCACAAUAUGUCUUCCGAAGGUGGGCCAAUGUCCCACCACAGGCUGCCCACCCCAAGUAUCCCCCAGCAGGAUCCAACUGCUGCCACCAACACGGACCCCACCCCCAAGAAGAAGCCCCGUAAGUCCAGCAUGCCGGUGAAGAUCGAGAAGGAGGUGAUUGACGUGGCGGACGAGUACGAUGAGGACAAAGACGACGAUGAUGACGACAGCCACCACCAUCACCACCACCACCACCCCUCCUCCCACCUCCACCACAACAAUAUCAACGGAAACUGCAACAACAACAACAACAACAACAGCAGCGGAGGGAACAACAAUGGCCACCACAGCGGCGGCAGCGGGCACCAGUCCCCGUCCCAGGACGAGAUGAGCCCAGGCCUGAUGAGGGGACACCUGAUGAGGCACAACCAGGACGACUGCCGGGGAGGGGGGCUCGGAGGAGAGGGCGGCAGGGGUGAGAGAGGAGGCCCAGGUGGUGAGCUCCGCUGCAUGGACAGCUUCACCUCCGAGGACCAGGACCACGAGAGAGACUUUGAGAACGAUUCGGAGACGUCGGACUCCAAGAUAUUCUACCGCGAGGAGAUGAUGGAGGUGGAGGAGCAGCACCAGAGGCUGAGGCUCAACUCCUCCAGGAGCUCCAGAGUGGGAGGAGGCAACAGCCUGGACAAGGACCAGGAGGACCAAGAGGCCAGAGACGAGGAGGCGCAGCUGAGGAAGGAGAUGGAAGACUCCAAGAGCCGCUCCUCGCCCACGCCCCACCAGCCCGCCAUCAAGAUCAAGGAGGAGCUCAACGACCCCACCUACGACAUGUUCUGCAUGAGCCAGUACGGCCUCUACAACGGGGGUAUGGUGGCUGCCGCAGCCGCCGCAGCCAGCAUGGCCGCCCUGCACGAGAGCUUCAUCUCCUCCAUGAACUACGGCGCCAGCCCACCCAAGUUCCCCUCCUCGCACUCCCCCGAGGGAGACCUGUGCACCAGCCCCAACUCCAACGACCCCAAGAUCUGCUACGUGUGCAAGAAGAGCUUCAAGAGCUCCUACAGCGUCAAGCUGCACUACAAGAACGUGCACCUCAAAGAGAUGCACGUGUGCACCGUGACCGGCUGCAACGCCGCCUUCCCCUCCCGACGGAGCAGAGACAGGUGAGUGUCGUACAACACACACACACACAUAUAUACACACUAACAAGGUGUCUUUUUUCUUGGCUUACAAUUGGUUCUUAAUUUGACUGCCUCAAUUUUUCGGACUAAUUAUUUAAAUAUCAGUAGAGUAUGAAUGAAUAUUAUGAUACAACUGGUGUUAUUAAUUAAUUUGUUUAUUUGGAUACCCAUUAGCUUUUGCAGAGGCAGCAGCUAUUCUUCCUGGGGUCCACAAAAAACACGACAAGUAACAAAACAAGAAUUUGAGAUACAACGAUAUACAAACAAUACAACAAAAAAAUAUAUAUAUAUAUAUAUUUAUAUACUGUAAAUAUAUACAGUACCAGUCAAAAGUUUGGACACACCUACUCAUUCAAGGGUUUUUCUUUAUUUUUACUAUUUUUUACAUUGUAGAAUAAUAGUGAAGACAUCAAAACUAUGAAAUAACACAUAUGGAAUCAUGUAGUAACCAAAAAAGUGUUAAACAAAUCAAAAUAUAUUUUAUAUUUGAGAUUCUUAAAUUGCCACCCUUUGCCUUGAUGACAGCUUUGCACACUCUUGGCAUUCUCUCAACCAGCUUCACCUGGAAUGCUUUUCCAACAGUCUUGAAGGAGUUCCCACAUAUGCUGAGCACUUGUUGGCUGCUUUUCCUUCACUCUGCCGUCCAAAUCAUCCCAAACCAUCUCAAUUGGGUUGAGGUCGGGGGAUUGUGGAGGCCAGGUCAUCUGAUGCAUCACUCCAUCACUCUCCUUCUUGGUAAAAUAGCCCUUACACAGCCUGGAGGUGUGUUGGGUCAUUGUCCUUUUGAAAAACGAAUGAUAGUCCCACUGGCGUAUCACUGCAGAAUGCUGUGGUAGCCAUGCUGGUUAAGUGUGCCUUAAAUUCUAAAUAAAUCACAGACAGUGUCUCCAGCAAAGCACCCCCACACCAUAACACCUCCUCCUACAUGCUUUACGGUGGGAACUACACAUGCGGAGAUCAUCUGUUCACCCACACCGCGUCUCACAAAGACAAAUUUGGACUCCAGACUAAAGGACACAUUUCCACCGGUCUAAUGUCCAUUGCUCGUGUUUCUUGGCCCAAGCAGGUCUCUUCUUCUUAUUGGUGUCCUUUAGUAGUGGUUUCUUUGCAGCAAUUCGACCAUGAAGGCCUGAUUCACACAGUCCCCUCUGAACAGUUGAUGUUGAGAUGGCUGUGACUUGAACUCUGUGAAGCAUUUAUUUGGGCUGCAAUUUCUGAGGCUGGUAACUCUAAUGAACUUAUCUUCUGCAGCAGAGGUAACUCUGGGUCUUCCAUUCCUGUUGUGGUCCUCAUGAGAGCCAGUUUCAUCAUAGCGCUUGAUGGUUUUUGUGACUGCACUUGAAGAAACUUUCAAAGUUCUUGAAAUCUUCAGUAUUAACUGACCUUCAUGUCUUAAAGUAAUGAUGGACUGUCAUUUCUAUUUGCUUAUUUGAGCUGUUCUUGACAUAAUAUGGACUUGGUCUUUUACCAAAUAGGGCUAUCUUCUGUAUACCACCCCUACCUUGUCACAACACAACUGAUUGGCUCAAACGCAUUAAGAAGGAAAGAAAUUCCACAAAUUAACUUUUAAGAAGGCACACCUGUUAAUUGAAAUGCAUUCCAGGUGACUACCUCAUGAAGCUGGUUGAGAGAAUGCCAAGAGUGUGCAAAGCUGUCAUCAAGGCAAAGGAUGGCUGCUUUGAAGAAUCUCAAAUAGAAAAUGUAUUUUGAUUUGUUUAAGACUUUAUUGGUUACUACAUGAUUCCAUAUGUGUUAUUUCCUAGUUUCAAUGUCUUCACUAUUAUUCUACAAUGUAAAAAAUAGUAAAAAUAAAGAAAUACCCUUGAAUGAGUUGGUGUGUCCAAACGUUUGACUGGUAGUGUAUAUAUUUAUAUACAGUGUGUAUAUAUAUAUAUAUAUAUAUAUAUAUAUAUAUAUAUAUAUAUAUAUAUAUAUAUAUAUAUAUAUAUAUAUAUAUAUUACUGUAUAUACUGUGUAUAUAUAUAUAAUACUAACAAUUCAGGCAUUCGUUACAGGUAGGUUCAUUACAUAUGUUUUGUCCUUUCAUUUUGACAUUACAUGAUGUAAUUAGAAACGUUGACAAUGUUGUGGAUGUAUGGUGCAUGUAUCAUUUAUUUGAUAUUUCAUCAUAUCAGUAAUUGUGGAAUUAGUAAUGGGGAAGCUUAGGACAGUAGCUGAGUUUUCUUGAUGAGCUACUCAACUGCAGUGUAGUCGACCUUUUUCUUACUUAGAUGAAGUUCAAUUAUUAAGGCGUCACCUACCAUAUGUUAAGUGAAACGCACCAUUAGCAGAUAUACACUUCAUCAUAUAACAGGUAUAUAGUGGCAUCUGUUGACUGUCAUGUCAAAGUUCAGAGAAGUAGGGUGUCAUCACCAGAACACACACACACACACACACACACACACACCCCACAAUCUUACACUCAGAGAUAUACCCUUGUUUACCUCCCCUCACUCACCUUGUCACUGACAGGUGAGGUAGCAUACAUUAACGUAGACAGCGGUCUGUCAAGCCACUGCAUGUAUUAGCGCCCUGCUCCAGGAGGUGAGGUUAGCCACGCUUUACCUACCUGGGCUUGUUAGCACAUCCGCCCUAUCCACACACACACUCCCAGAAUACACCCACCUACUAAAGCUAGCAGCAGGUUGACGCCAGAACACAACACAUGCUGAGGCUACACAACAUCAAAGUGCCCUGGGCUAGCAACUAGCAUUUAGCUCUCCAAGGAAAUGCUAACAUUUGUUAAGCUUUUUUUGUAUGAGGGGAUGUUAGACUUAGACUGGCCUUAGAGUGGUUUGAAAAUAGCCUACCAAAUGCAUCAGGAUAUUAGGGUAACUUAGGGAACACAUUAAAACUCUCAACAACGACCCCAUGAUGGCAUCGAUAGUGAGUCAUUAGCAUUGUAAUUAGCAUCAUAAAAAAACGGAAUUAAAGCGUCUGAACGGUCUGUUUGUACAUUUAAAGGCCUUGUGUGUGACAUUGCCAGGUCUAUUCCCCCGACCACCGUGUAAACAAGCAUGUCCAUUUGGCUGAACGGUCCAGUCUCUCUUCACAGUGGGGUGUCGGCGUAAAAAGGGCCCUUGAAAGGAAAUGUAAAUUCAUCUCCUCCCAAACGCCCCUCGAAAAUAGACAUGACUUCAAGUGUAACAAAUGCAGCUCUCUUUAUCGCUUUAGCGGAGCCACACACACACACGCACACACAGACGCGCGCGCGCACACGGUCAGAGCGUGCCUCUGCUCCCAGUAUAAUGACACAUGGCACAUUCAAGAGAUCUAGAAGAGGGGAAGCCUCACUCAACCAGCUUCUCUGGAGAAAGAGAGAUUUUUUUAUUGUGUUACAGCACACCGUGGUGACAAGUGACACUUUUAUUUAGAUAAAGAGCGAGUGUGUUUUCUCCUCCUCCUCCUCCCACUCCUCCUCCUCUUCCUCCUCCUCCUCCUCUUCCUCCUCCUCCUCCCACUCCUCCUCCUCUUCUUCCUCAUCGUCCUCUUCCUCCUCCUCCUCCUCCUCCCCCUCCUCCUCCUCUUCCUCCUCCUCUAAUUUGCUUCUCUGAGGAGUUUUUUCUCCUAUAGUUUUUCUCAGAGUUGUUUUGUCUCAACAGCAAUCCUCCACCCACUCUCCCACCUCCACCUCUCUACCCCUCCACCUCUCCACCCGGGGCCUUUAUUAAGUUCCUUGUUUCAGUGGCAUCUGUUCAUUCUGUUCCUGUUUGUUCAUUAGCACCAAGGAAGUAGAGCAGGUGACUCUGGGACUUGUUCAGGGAAGAGGGGAUGGAGUAGGUGGAGAAGAAUGAAAAAAGAGAGGAGAGGGGUUAUAGUGUUAGCGGAAAAGAGAGGGAGGGAAAAGGGGGAUGGAGGAGAUGAGACAGGUAAAAUAGCGUUAGCAGAGGAGAAGAGAAGGUGAAAUCAUGCCGCUCACCUGACGCAGCUGGUACCGACAGCAGGAAGAUGACAGGAAGUGUUAUUAAAGGAUGCGUUGCCAUGCUGAUGCGUGUGUUUGACGCAGCCGUGGACAAUGCGUUUGUUCGUUACCCUCUUUGACGAGGCUUUAGGGACAGGGAGCGCCCGGGGCACGAGAGGCCUGCUGUCUCGCAUAACCACACACACACAUAGACACAUGCUUGUGCACGUACACACACACACACACACACACACACACACACACACACACACACACACACACACACACACACACACACACACACACAGUUACACAUACUCUAAAGCUGAUGCGUUCCUACAGAUGCAUAUAGUCUUACAGAGAGUCACUACUUUAUUGUAAUAUACACAGUAUUUUUAAUUAGUCUCUUUAUUGCACCAAAAUAAAAUAUUAUAUUAAACAAAUAGCCCUGACCUUAUGGUUUGAUACGUUCCCAAUAACAGCCUCCCCACAGCGAACAGACAUCUCAACAAAUGUUAAGUUACUGAAUUACCAUGACAGAAACGCCAAUGGUAUCGAGGCAUCCCAACGACUCACUUCAGAGAUUUCUGAAUGAGUGGGGAGUAAGCUGACCAAUACCUGCUCAAGAGCUGGACACACAUGGCCAAACUGACCAAUGAGGAGGGCUAAUUCAGCGGCCUACGUCCUUAUUUAGUGGAAGUCAAGGGAGAACUAUGAAUCAGAGCCGUCCUCCUCCCCUCAUCCUUCCCUACCACUGCCCCAGCUUGUCUCCCAACGAUAUAAUUUAGCCGUCCAUCUUUUUUAUUGGGCGCUCUCCGACAUUAGCGCUCCUCACUUGUAUUAGCAUCUGCCGCGGCGACUCCGUAAUGGCCUUUAAAAAAACACUUAACUCCGGCACUAAACGAGGAGGGGAUGACAGUGGUGGAAAAAACAAAUCAGUGAAAAACAGCACUAGUUAGGGUCCACUCACUCACUCACUCACUCACUCACAGUAAGGGAUUUGGUUUCCAAGAGGCAGUGGGUGCUGUAGUAUAGAGAGGUGCAACUGUGAGGGAGCGAGGUCAAAUUAGACUGUGUUUCGUCUUCCAUCUUGGCUCAAAGAUUAACCCAAAUGUCUUCCACAGGCUUAUAGUGAAGCAUGAACCUCAACCCACGCUCACAGACACGGUGUCACAGUGACUGUGGAAUCUUGCCCUAGUGAUGUGCGUGUGACAGUUUGACUCGAUUACCAGAAACACAAGCGUAUAAAUUCCAGAAGCGCUUUAACAUAUGGCCUUGACAAAUAGAUAGGUGUGUAGCAGGAGAGAGGACAAUCACUGCUGUGAACAUAUGAAUCUUAGAAGGAAGAGAGGCUUAGACCAAGAUGUGGGUGAGUUACACCUAAGUACACUGUUGUUUCCAUACUUUGGGUGUGUCCCAAAUGGCUCCCUAUUCCCUAUAUAGUGCACUACUUGUGAUCAGAACCCUGGUCAAAGGUAGUGCACUAUAUGGGAAACAGGGUGCCAUUUGGGAUGGACAUUUUGUGUGGCGGAUAAAUUCCUGAUAGCAUAUGGGAUAUAUUACUGUGCCUGCCGCUCCUAUGGAAUAAGGAGAGAAGCGUAACAACAGAGGGGUAUCGCGGGGCCAAAGGAAUUGUGGGUUAUUGAGGCUAUAGUCAGGGCUCUGGCCGAACACCAAUCAGAUGUGUCCCUGGGUAAUCCCUUAACUACAUAAUGCAUGCUGCAGUGUAAUUGGAGUUGUAACAUGGGAAAAUAAUUUGGUCGUUUUCAUAAGGCUUUUCCCCUCUGAUAAUAUUAUUGUGGAGGAAGGAUUGCGAAACCACAACGCCUCAGACAUUGGUUUGCUGCUACAUAAAGUUUGAGUAGUUUCAAAUGACAUUAUCCGCAAACAAUUGGAAGAUUCAAUACAACAUUACAAAUUCCACAGCUAAUAACAUAUUAUUUCUGAUAUUAUGAAACCAAUCAUUAUUAUAUUUUAGCAAAAAUUCAAAUAAUAUUUCUAAUAGUCUGAUAAGUAACUUAUGAUAAAUUAAAUACAUUUAAUGCAAUAUAAUCUAGUAAUCUAUAAUAAUCUUGUAAUUAAAUCACAGAAUACUGAUCUCAGUAAACCAAACCGGAUGCCUUCUCUUCACCCCUUGUAUUUGAGCUUUAGAAUGUCAAAUGUCUCUAACAACAGAGAUACAGUAUCUGAGCCUAAAUCUGUUGGGACACCCAGAUGUUUGUUUCCAACCAGAUAAUGCAUGCUAAACCAGGCCUGUAAUAUGCAGUGCUAAUAACCAGCUUCCUCCUCUCCUCCACCACCUCUCCUCUCUCUCCUCACAGAGAGAUGUUGACGUCUAUACCAACAACAGGAGGUUGUCCAGGUACCUCAGCAUAUCCCAUUAGUCAGUUAUUUCUCUACAGUGGAGUGACACCCCAGAGGAACGUAGGUAGGCGCAUCAAACGAACGCUCCCUUCAAAAGCCCCGAUGUCGGAGUGAAUUAAAGAGGGGAGGAUCAGAAGAAGAUUUGAUCUACGGUAUCAUAUUAAUAUUUGAGGAAAACAACAACAAAAAACUAUGGAAAAUGACAAUAGUGUCACAACCGUUUGAAAAGAGAAGGGAGGCGUUUAGCAGCUACAUGGUGACAGAUGUAAAGAUAAAAAUCGAUGGUGUGGUUAUGUUAAUUAACAGGAUAAACAACGUCGCACACUGCUGUUUUACACACACACGUCUAAUAGAGUACAGAGUGUCCUCUAACAUCUAGCUACUAGUUGUACAUCAGUACAGUAACAGUACAGUGUUUCCCACCAGCCCCCUGGCCACCAGGCGCUCAGCUCAGAGGUAAAUGAUUGCAUAUUUAUUGUGGAGGGCGAACGGCAGCACACACAGCGGUGGCAGCAGCAGUAGUGUGAUUAACGUCUGAAAGGCGUGCCGACCAGCAAUCAUCUGCCUUAUUAGCCUCGUUAAUCAUAUUUCCUAAAUCAACGACAGGGCCUCCUUCUCUCUUUUUCUACACCUUUAUUUUAAGACUCAUCGUUGUUUUACUGCUCUUUUCCAUCCCUCCGUCGGAGGACUCUGUCACCAGGUGCUUUCCCGCACUUAUUUCCCAUGAUGCACUAGUGUGCGGCGGCCCCUCGUCCCCACACGGAUGGAGGGAUGCAGAGAGUGAAGGUUAAUUACGUUUGAGAGCCAUUCUCUCUCUUCCCCCUCUCCCUCUCUCUCCUCUCCUCCUUCUCCCCUGCUCCUCUCAAGCCAUGUGGGCCCAGUCUCUCGUAGAACUUCAGUAAAGCUGCAGUCUCUCUAUUUGCCAUGCUUAAACAAAGGCCUGAUAAUUUAGAGAGAGAAUGUAUUUAAUUUAGCCACAGAUCACAAGUUCAAAAUACUAAAUAUCUACUGAUGAACAGUAUGUUAAUGACAUACACUAUGAAAGGGGACUUUUAUAUUAAUUUAUCUUUGAUACAUUUGGGUUUUGUGGAUAAAGACAAAUAGAUAAUCAGAGAAUCACUUUCAGAAGGCUUUCGUUUGUAACAAUAAGCGUCACACAUUUUUCACAUUCUGUAAGUAAUUGUAGGCUAAUAUAAUUACAGAGUUUUGGGGUUUAUUGAUUUGAUCUCUGUAUCUGUGACUUAGCCUUCUAUCUGAAUCUCUAUGGUGUCUCUAUGGAGUCUGUGUAACCAACCCCUGAGAGGAAUAGUACUUUUAUCAACUUUUUAACAAGUUUCUCCAACUGCGUCUGAACUGAACUUCAGUGUGUGUUGCUGUAGUAGUGUAGCUAGUGGAGAAUAAAGACUGAUAAUGAUGAAUGUGUUACCCAACCCGCGAUCAUCCUCCCACCUCUCCACUCCAAACCUCAUCACAUAGCAACCCCAGAUGACAGAACCAUCAGCGUCAGUUUAAUAUGACUUCACUUUGCUCAUUACGACUCAUUUAGACAGUGCACUCACUCACUCACACACACACACGGAACAGAAGGAAGGACAGGGCCAUUGGAGGAGAGACGGGAGCCUAAAGAUGAUUAACGUUGACUGGGACAGGCGCUUUAGCUAGAUAGCCUCUCUCUCUCUCUCUCUCUCUCUCUCUGUCUCCUCCUACUCUGCACAAACAAAAUGGCCUCUCAAGAGGCCUCCCCCGUCUUUGGGCGAAGAUGAGACUGUCAAUUUGGUCAUUACUGGUCAUCAGGGAGGGAGAGGUGGAGGAGAGAGAGAGGGAAGGGAGGAGUUGGGUUCGGGGGGUAGAGGAAUGGGGGAAGAAGGAGAGUGAAAUGUUGGUGGAAGAGGGGGAUGGAGGAAGAGAGGGAUGGAGGAAGAGAGGGAUGGAGGAAGAGGGGGAUGGAGGAAGAGAGGGAUGGAGGAAGAGAGGGAUGGAGGAAGAGGGGGAUGGAGGAAGAGGGGGAUGGGGGUGGAGGAAGAGGGGAUGUUCCUGCUUUCUUUCCCUUCUGUUUUCGGGAGGUUUUUUCCGAGCGGCUUGAGAAGGAGGGAUGGGCUCCCCACUUCUUUUGGAAGAGAAGGAAAUGGGGCAGAGGCUAAAUCUGAUAAAUGAAGGGAUCUGUGUAUGGACUCUAAAUUAGGAAAAUCUACCCAGACUGAUACACGUCUAGUGAAUAUGUUUAGAGAUAGGGAGGAGAUGCAUUUAUCACCGGUGCAGGUGAAUUCCUCCACAAAGUGUAUUCAAGCAGCCAUUUUUCACGCCAUAUUCCACAGUCUCGGAUUGUUCCAAAGAUGCAGAUGAACAAUCGACUUAUUUAUUUUAAACAGUAAUCAAUAAUUGUUUGAUUACUCAACACAUCUUUUUUUUUCUUCUCAUGGUCAGUAUGUGGUCUUUGUGAAUGACAGUAUAAUAACCAGAAGGGAUAUAUAAGUGAUAGUUGUACAAUGUAGAUGGAUUGUGUGUUAGUUAUCCAGUUGUGGUUUUAGAUAUUGUGAUCUAGUAUAAAUGCUGACAUCACGGUAAUGACAUAUGGAUGAUGCAGUAGUAGUUAGUAAUACUGUAGUAAUUCAGGGUACCUACUGCAUGGCACUUAGCAUGUGUGUUUUAACCUCAUCAGUCAGGGAGCCAUGGCAGACUAGAGCUUGUGAGCAGUGUGGGGGUGUGGCUUUAGGGGUGGAGACAUUUUGCAAAGGACCCGCCUACCUGAGCAUCAUCAACAGCAUACGGCCCAAUCACAGACUUGACCAAUCAGCUAAUGCCAAAGCCUGUUGACAUCCCCACGAAAAACAAUCAACAAACCAAAUUUGAAUGUAAUUGGUGUAAAAAAGUAUUCUACUGACUGUCUAGUCCCAGUUCUGUGUUUUACUUGGUCGUGGAAACACACAUUUGUCCGUCUACACGGGGAUACAUUACGAGAGACAUUGAAUCAUGACUAUUUCGUCCAUAAGAUAACACCAUCUGUGUAUCAGCCUGUUAUCAAAGGAUCAAAGAAAAUAGCUAAUAAUUUUCAUGAAAGUCUCAGAACAUGGAUGUAGUAUAUUUUUUCUCUCUCUCACACACACACUCAGUCACUCACUCACUCACUCAUUCACUCACUCACUCACUCACUCACUCACUCACUCACUCACUCACUCACUCACUCACUCACUCACUCACUCACUCACUCACUCACUCACUCACUCACUCACUCUCACACACACAAUACGAUCCAACACAACACACACACUCUUCUCCUCGAACACACACACGCUUGCGCGCACAGGCCCACAUGCGGCGGUGACAACCCCGGCCAAUCGAUUCUCCCCGCUCCUCGAUGCUGACAAUGCUCAAGUGGACGGUGCUCCUGUUUGCUUCCUCUUGUAACACAGAAAGAAAGGGCCCCUCCAUUCCAAUGAAUGUAUACUAUUUUUACCCUCUUGCAGGAGAAUGUCGGAUAGGGAACUAAAUAAUUAAAGGCAAGGGACCCUUUUUGACUGCAUCAACCAUGGCACUGCUGGUAAGCUCUACUAUACAUUGUGAAUCCAUUUGCCCUCGUCCUGUCCUGCCAAGGACGUAUGUUUUGAGUUUUUUUAGUUUGUCACACCCACCACCGUGCCCCUUGCCUUGCAUGGAACCCCCCCUCACAUUUAAAAGCACUACUGGAUAUUCCAUAUUCAUUUCUUACUUUUGUUUGAUUUCAUUUUAAAAGUCCCCUAACAUGUUGUAUUGCGGACAGUGGGAUGUUUAUACUGUACCACUACCAUAUCUGACGCCAGUUAUCUGACACUUUUCUUUGUGCAUUUUAUUGUGACGUUUGCUGUGGUGGGUCCUCCAUCCCUCCCAGUCUGAAAUGGCAACUGUGGAAUUGGAGGGAAGAAGCAUUGAAUUUGAGCUGUCAAACACAUUUUACCUCACAUCUUUUGGCAGGCUUUGCAAUGCAGACUGCUACACCUCACAAACAAUACCCCUUAGCUCUAGCAAGCUUUAGCGUGACACCAGAUUCAUGCUUACACUUCCUUGUUGUGAAUUCGAUGGCAGUGGCUAUGCGUUAUGAGAUACUACUGCUCUCUCAGUGUGAAAAAGCAGCCAUUUUUAUUUAUUAAAGCGAAGGGGAUACAUGGGGAUGAUAUGUUUAAAAAGUGGGGCCUGAUUAAGCCACUUCCAAUAGGGAGCCAGUGUGAUAAUGCUGUCGGAGCUCUAAUACACUAUCCAGUUCCCCUCGAUUAUCGCAUUACCACAGCUCGAAUCAAUUGAUAAACUCACAUUCAAUAUGGUGGAGUAUUUAAUUGAGUCAGAGUCUAUUGGAUUUGCAGCGGGGCUGUGCUAGACGUGCUGACAGUGGUAAACACCGUGGCGGGAUGCUCUCGCCACGCCAUGUUAGACCAGUUAGGGGAGCGCUAAGAGAAGAACUGGGUAGAGUUUCUCUCACUUUAAAAGGAGGCCGUUGGAACCCAUUUCCACGUAGGUUCCUCUUGAUAGGGGAAGAGUGAGGAGAGGUUCUAGAACAAGGUGAAUCGUUUAUUUGUUGUUUUGUCUGGCGUUGGGUGAGGUCAGGGGUUAGUGAAGAGGACAGGAAGAGAGGAGGGUUAUUGAAAAUGUAGUGACAUACAAUAUCAUUCAAAUAAUUAGAAUUCCAAGCAUAGGUGCAUGGUGUUGGGCGAGACAGAACACAUGUUUUGUAAUGCAAAAAUAUAUUUCUGAGAAUGCUACCACUCCAGUCAUCGUUUAAAGCGCUGAAACACUAUUUUGCUUGAUAUGACAACUUGUUUUGCUAUUUUCUUAUGAAAACGAUAUCUCUCUACCUCCCCCUUCAUCCAUGUCUUUCCACCAGGCACAGCUCCAACAUCAACCUGCAUCGCAAACUGCUGACCAAAGAGCUGGAUGACAUUGUCCUGGAUCCCCAUCUCACGCCAUUGGCCAAGGACCUGCGCGCCGAGUUCCUGGCUAAGAUCUACGCUGGGCACCACCUGGGCCUGGACACCAUGGCAGGGGGAGGAGGACUGACCCGUGACGCCAGCUCCCCGGCAGGCACUGACUACCCCCCACCCCCACCCCCACCACCACCCCCUAAACCCCCACAACAACCACCACCACCACCUACACCACCCCCAUACCAACGGCUUCUACCACCGCGGUGGCCCCCCAGAUGA